CUCUCUCUCCCCUCUCUCUCUGUCUUUCUCCUUCUCUUUCUCUCUCCCUCACAUUCAUGGCCGCUGCCGCAUUUUACAAUACAACUCACGCGGCAGCAGCAGCCAUUAUUGAUUUUUGAAGUGCGCGCCCGUCAGUUUUCAGUACCGUCGGAGCCAUUUUUUUUAAGUUCAUCACGCCCACAACCAGGUGGAGAGAGAGAGAGAGAGAGAAACAGUCAGUCAGUCAGUGGGCCUAUGGGGUGGGCGCUGACAGUAACCACCACCACCGCCGCACCACCUUUUGAGCAUAUAUGGUCCAGAAAAGAAGAAGAAGGAGCGAGAGAGAGAUUCCACCAGGGCGCCUGUGUGACUCGGGGUCCGACGGGCGUACGAACGGCUCUCCUCAUUGGUCCCAGGCAGGCUGCCAGCCGCCCAUUGGCUCUCCACCCGGCGACGGGACCCAAUCCUUGGUACGUUUACAUGUCCGGGGCCCUCUCUCUCUCUCUCUCUCUCUCUUUCUCUCGCUGCCGCUGCCUCCUCCUCCUCCUCCUCCUCGUCCCCUCCCCCUACAGCUCCUCACCUCCUCACUCACACUCUCAGUCACUGACACACAGCUGUUCAGUAUCCAGUAGAGGUCUGGCCCUUGGACGUGUGAAGAAGCGUCGUCGCUCGCGCCCUCUGUUGGAUGUCGAUUUGCUUUUGGCCGUCGAGUGGCCCUCUCUCCUCCCCGCCCCGCCCCUCGGGAACCGUCCGCUAGAAAGUGGCCGGAAAAUAUGCGGAGGUGUUGUUGUGGUGGUGUCGAGUGCUUCCUCCGUCGUUGAUGAUGGUCGAGUGUGAUUGAUUAGUAAUAGUAAGAUCGACGCCCUAGGGUUCUUGUGUCUCUCUCUGUCCGUCUGUCCGUCGGUCUGUAUAUGUGUGCCCGUGGAUGAUUCGUCGUCGACUCCUACUUAAACUCGUCCUCCUCCUCCCGCCGACGUCGAAGAAGGGGGCGCUACUGCUUCUUCUACUGCCUCCGCUCCCUGGACGUUGUUGAAGGAUAUAUAAUCGUCAUCUUAUUCGUAAAAUCUUCGUCUACGUCGCCAUCAUCAUCAUCAUCAUCGUCCUCCUCGUCGUCGUCUACGUCCCCCAGGGGCGCCUUCCUCCUCCUCCUCCCCCCUGCGAAGCAGCCUGAGGAGCUCGAUUUGUCGCACCUGUGGAAAAACACCUCCGGGAGAACCCAGUGAAAUAACCGCAGGUAGGUUGCAAACGCCAUGGGCCAGCCCCUUGGAGGCAGUGUAUCAAGCCGUUCAGACACAUAGGCCUGCCAUUGUUAUUCAAGGUGAUGUGUGGGCAUGAAGAUGCGGUGGUGGUCGGCGAGUGGGUGUAAAGGCCAUCCUGGGUCCUCUAGACCUACCCAACGACUGCCUCCUCCCCCUCGAGAGACACAGCCUCCUCCUCCUCCUCUUCCUCCCCCUCCACCUCCUCCGCCUCCUCCUACUCCUUCUCCUUCCUCUAUCCCCCAACCCCCUGCUUCCCCCCUUCGCCUCCUGACGGGAGUGCCGACACUGUUGUCGCCUUCGACAGAGAACCCGAGUCUUCUCCUGCGGAAGAACACCACUCAGUCGGUCAGACCUGAGCGAGGCACUUCGGAUCUGAGGUGGUGGGUGAAGGGGGGUAGGUCGGCGGUCGGUGGGCGGUGAUGGUGGUAGCGGGCGUGUGUCUGGGGCAGCAGCAGCAGCAGCAGCAUCAGCAGCAGCAGCACAAGGAACCGCGACGCCGCCCACCCCCUCCCGAACAGCUAUGGGGUGUACGCCCAGCAUCCACGUGUCGCCCACGGGCGUCGUCUACUGCCGGGAAAACGACGAGUCCCCUUCCCAACACUCCUCUGCCACCAACCACCAACCACCACCACCCCCUCCUCUCACCGCUUCUUCCACCACCAACACCACAGCUGUCAGCAAGCAACAGCAGCAGCUCUCGGGUCCCUCAAGCAUAGCAGUGAACCAGCACGGCUGCAAUCGACUGAGUUGCACGACUAACACACAAGCCUGGGACCGCCCCCAUCCACCCCAGAAAGAGUUUUGCCGCUUGAAGUUAGGGGCCAUGAAGGUUGUGAUCAAACAACUCAAGGUUCUGCUGGUGUUCGGAAAGGAGGACAACGUCAGCGAGGCCUGGCUGUCGGCCUGCAAGAGGCAGGGACACGACGCCGCCCUGACGCGGUCCAUGGACGACGCCCUCAAGACCUUCCUGGACCACGCCCACGACCUCGUCGUCAUCGACGCCCGGAACUCGAAGCACUUCAGCGCGGAGGCCGUCUGCAAGAACAUCAGGGCCUCGGAACUCAGCCAGUUCAGCGUCAUCGUCGGGGUCGUCAAAAGGAGUUUCGCAGACCGAGAAACGGCAACUGUAAUACCAAUGUUGCAAAGUGGCUUUAACAGAAUAGUAACCGAGUCAUCGACUGUUGGUGGAGUUCUGAACGAUCUCAUCCAGAUAGAGCAGUCCGAGCUCUCUAGCCAGUCACAGCUGAGGGCCGUGCAAGCAGUCUUCACUGCGCUAGAUGCUUGCAAGGAAAUGAUACACAUUACUGAUACGCAGCACAGGAUACAGUACAUUAACCGCACAUGCGAAAACAUUCUGGGAUACGCGCUGGAUGACGUGAUGGGCCAAAGUCUGUGGGAAUUGCACAGCGCUGAUAAUCACAAGCAAGAUGUAAGGGCGAUUGACAACAGACCGUCUGUCGAUUUCAAAUCCUCCUUUGAUCAACAUCAGAGAUCAACGGCAAUAGACCACAGGUCUUUUUCGGAUCACCGACAACAAUCUGAGAAUAAAUCAGGGGAGUCGAGGGUCAACCUGGACAUCUCAGAAGCUGUCAAUAUGCAGAUGAGAAGAGGAAGAGAGUGGGAAGGCAUCGUCACCUGUCGCAGGAAAUGUGGAGACACAAUACAUUUGCCAUCGAAAGUGAUUCCAGUGGCACCUUGUGCGAGAAAAAAUGAAUACUUUGUUUAUAGCAGUGAUACACAUGCUCUUGAUCGUUUGGAGUUUCCAGGGUCAACAGACCACUUUCAUCCUCGUGGGUCCAUCAAAUCUCUUAGAAAGGGAUCUUACGAUAUUCGCUCACUUAACAGUGAUGGGGGGACUGUAGAAAGCGAUCACCCAGGACGUGUUCUGAGUGCACCCGUUGAGCGAGAACGGUUUACCUUUAACCGCAACGUGACCUUUGAAACGUUUAACUUUGUAGAGGGCACACAAAACAUGAUUAGACGACAGAGUCUAGUGAAGCUCAAUUCCUUAACCAUAGAGGCUCCAAUUACAAGAGUUUUCAAUAUAAUAACUGCUGCUCAAGAGAAUUCGCCAGCUUAUGUGGCCCAGGCCCUGGAGAAAGUUCUCGAUAUAUUAAGGUCCACAGAGCUCUACUCGCCACAGCUUAUUUCAGCGGCGUCAGAUAAUAAUAAGCCAGUACCUGCUGACCCCGUGGCUACUGAUCUUCUUGGAGGACUUUUAGCUCAAGCGCCUAAACCAUUGAUGUCUGGUCGCCGUAGCAGUAACGACACAAACGUCAAAGUCAGCCAGUUGCCGAGACCUUCCCCACCCAUGUUGCAACAGCAGGCAUCUGCUGCCAUACGAGAAUUGCUAGCGGAAGAUAUGUCGUGGAAUUUCGAUGUCAUAAAACUAGAAAAAAUAACUGAUAAAAGACCGCUUGUUUGGUUGGGAAUGAGUUUGCUGUGUCGAUUCGACGUCCCUAACACGCUUGGCUGUGACGAGCAGACUUUGCAGAACUGGUUAACUCUGAUAGAGGCUAAUUAUCACGCUGAUAUUACAUAUCACAAUUCUACUCAUGCGGCAGAUGUCUUGCAAGCAACGGCGUACUUCCUUGACCUGGAGAGAAUAAAACAACUUCUGGAUCCCUUAGAUGUCUCGGCGUGUUUGAUUGCUGCCGUAGUCCACGAUGUUGAUCACCCUGGUAAAAAUAGCGCAUUCUUGUGUAACACGGACAAUGAAUUGGCCAUACUGUACAAUGACCUGAGUGUUCUCGAAUCUCACCAUGCAGCCGUUUCCUUCAAGUACACCCAUUCCGAUGACCGCGUCAACAUUUAUAAAACUCUGGAUCGAGACACUUACAAGCAUGUGCGCAAGAGCAUCAUCGACAUGGUUUUGGCAACAGACAUGACCAAGCACUUCGAGCACCUGAGCAAGUUUGUCAACAUGUCUGCAAGCAGCAAAGUGUCCAUCAAGGAUGAAGAGACGACGUCACUUGACGGAUCAAGAGACUCACCAGAUUUGAUGUCCUUUGGAACACCUGAGAAUUUGGUCAUAAUAAAAAGGAUGUUGAUCAAGUGUGCUGACGUCAGCAACCCGGUUAGACCUCUUCCUCUCUCAAUCGACUGGGCACACAGAAUUGCCAAUGAGUACUUUUCACAGACGGAAGAGGAAAAACGACGCAGUUUACCGAUUGUGAUGCCUCAGUUUGACCGUACUACGUGCUCAAUUCCAAAGUCACAAAUUGGGUUCAUUGAUUUCUUUGUUAAUGACAUGUUUGAUGCAUGGGAUGCUUUAGCUGAUGUUCCGGAGCUGAUGGAGCACUUGAGGAUCAACUAUCAAUACUGGAAAGAACAAGAAGAGGCUUCCAAAAGUAAUCUCCCUCAGACUCAGACUCUAAGUACAGCUACAGAAGAAGAAGAAGAAUUAGAAGAAGAGGAAGAGGAGGAGGAGGAGGAGGAGGAGAAUGAGAAAGAAAAAGAGAAAAGUGUAGAAGAAGCAAAAAUACCUAAUGAACAAGAUGGAAACGUAAGGACAAAGCUAAUAGGUAAAGAGGUUACCGCAAGCUAGUGAUGAAUAAACUUAGCUCAAAUCGUCGAUAUAAAGAUAUAGAUUUGUUUGAAAAUAAAAGGUAAUAAAGACUAUCUGUAAAUAGUAAAACAAAACAAAAUAUGUUGGAAUCUGAAUGUUGCCAAAGUACGAAUCCUGAUUUGGAUGACUAACAUUGAUAAUGUUUGUAGCAACGCUAGAAUGAUAUUUUGUGAUGAAAAUUUCACUCGCCUCGAAGUUCGUCAGCUAAGGUAACUGUCCUUCUCUCCCUUAUUUUAGGGGGAAUCGUUCAGAAGUAAUUUAUUGAUAUUAUGGUGUAAUCCAAAGGUAGUUAUCUUUUUGUUCUGUACGUACCGUAGGUUUCGUAGUUUAUGCGAUGAAUGGCCUGCUAUAACAGGAUUCCCCUACAAAAAUAUUUGUCACAAAAAAGGACUCUGAUGUGUGACUUUACUUUCUUCCAUAUAGCAUAUUUUGAACUACACACGUACGCUUAACGAGCAAAUCUGUAUAUAUAUAUAUAUAUGUAUGUUAGAUACAUAGUGGGCUUUGCCCUUCGUUCUGUGUCUAAUUUGUCAUUGUUGAAUACUGCCUUGUAUGUUUUAUUAUUUGUUGUUAUAACUUCCCGCUCCUCACAAAUCAUCACUGGCCAAAUUGAAAUUGUACAAAAUUCUGUAAAUAUUUAUAUGAUUUAGUCAGGGAAACAUUUUGUAUAGUUUUGAACACAUACAACUUCUUCAUUUUAUCUGCACAAAUCCUUUGUAAAAAUCUUUGCACUGUGAUGGUACUCUGGAUUCAAAAUGGCAUUCUCAGCUUCCAAGCCGCAGCCAUUUUCUUUUACGUUACACGAAAUUAUCCUUCCCUAAUAUCUCUGACUGAAGCUGAUGCUGUAGGAUUGCAAAGAUCCGAAGGCAUGAUGCAUUGACGGCAUUAGUAGUACUUCAAGUGAACAGAGUGUGUUGUAGCUGAAUGAAUACUAUGUAGUGGGUAUGUAAGGCAACUUCUUCUUUUCAGGUUCUAAGAAGCCAAUUAUUAGUUAAAGUUAGGCGAUGGGAGUCGGGUGCACCAGACUUCUUCUGUUACACUAAUGUGGUCGUAAGCAUCUUGUUGCUCUUCGGGAAAAAGGCACCAGUCAUGGUUAUGUGUACUUGUACUUGAGAACUUUGGAUUAGCAAAUGCCAUAGUUGUUGAGAUAUUUCUUUUUGUGGGCUGUUGAUCAAGAGUUGUCAGUAAAUCUGACCUAAAUCAAUUGAAAAAUGAGAUCAUUUAAGGAGUGGAGAGAAUCUUAUUUGGAAUGACAGAGGCCAUGUUUAGAUGACAUCAUCUUAACUUGGUAAACUGCUCUUGAAAUACCAGAAGUUUCUUUUGAAAAAAUGAAAUACAGAUGAUAAAUGUUUAAUAUAUCCCAGCAAUUUAUAAGAGAAGAUUUUCAGUUAUUGCAACUGAAAGUUUCAUUCAUUUCUUUUUCUUAUCUGUGAAAUCAGUGAACCAAACCUCAGGCAACAAAGUUUUACUGAAUAGAUUACCAAGUCAUUUUUUGUAAAGGGAAUUGAUAACCAUUUUAAAAAUCAUCUGUGUUUGCGAAGGCUGAAUGUAGUGUGACAUUGCUUUUGAAUUAUAGUCUUUAUGAAUGGAAAGCGCUGUAACGCAUGACAGAUGAUUGGCAAUCAUUAAAUCUCACAUAAAGAGAAAUGACUUUUUUUAAGUAUUCAUAACUAGCUGAAAGACUUGCUGGUUUCAUGAGAUUAAUCUUAAAAGUGAACCUUGUUGCUGGGUGCAGAGUGCAAUUUGUAGAUGUAAAAUGCCAUAUGACAAUUACAUAAUAUAGUGGUGCAAACAUAUGUGAUAGGAAGGUAACAACAGUAAAACUAUUAUUAAAUCUGUUUACUUUUUAUAUCGUAAGGAAAGUGCUUUCUUAGCCUUGCCUUAUGGGCAGUUAUUUCUGGUGAGUAAAUUUUGCUUGGUCCUUUUCCCCGUGUUUUUCAUGAUUUGGCAAUGACUUCAGCCUGUUGAUUGGUCAUCAAGCAUGAGUUUAUGAAGACUGUAUGUGCUAGAUAUACUCGCACAGUACCAUUAUACGUAUUUGCUUAAUGGUGCCAAAGCCUCUUAACGUUGAGUUUUGCCAAGAAUUUAGACAAUCUCCUUGUACAGAAUGAAAUUUAAGGAAGUUACUUGUUAUGCUUUGGACUGAAAAUAUAUAAUAGUUUCAUUUUGUAUCAAAACGUGUUAUGUAGGUCACUUGGUAGGAAAUUAAUUAAGCAGGUCUUUUGGACCGUGACAGGAAUUCCCAAAGCCUGAACUUUGUGCAUUUGGGCAGUAAUUACAGUGGUCCCUUCUUCCUCCUCUUCUCUCACUCUCUCAGUGAAGGGAGUUGAAUUCAUCUUGGUAAUUUUGUAAUUAUGACAUAAUGGUUAUUUUAAGUAUCUGAUAAAUCAGGUAAGGUGUGUGACGAAAUGUCUAAGAAUAAUUUUUCAAGUGGUCCCUACACAAUGUGGUCAGUGAGUCUCUGAUACUUGUAAUGUAACGACUGUCUCUCCAGUUAGUGGGAGUUUCUGGGCGUUCUUUUCACAAUCUUUCAAUGGAUUUGAUAUUCUUAGUAUUAGACGCUAAAUCUUUUUAUGAGUUUAACAUUGCUAGUGGCAGAAAGAAAGAUAGCUCUUGGUCAUUUUCAUACAGGAACACAUCUUUCUGAAGAUAAAUUGCGGACUAAAGAAUGUGUGUGUGUAUAUUGUAUAUGUACAUGAAAGUUGCAUUUGUGUAAUGUUCUCUGCUACUUUUAGCCGAUAAAUCAACUUAUUUUUUUUUUUUUGUCGGACUGUGAGCGAUUUUCAUAGAUUGUCUUGAGGUUUUGAUCAAGUGCUGUAACAUAUGAUUCCCUGUCGUGUUUCUGUACAGAGCCCAAAUAAGAGACCAUUUCUAUAGCACAGAACUAUCUAUGAGAUUUCUAACUGUAUUUUCUUGAAGCUAUAUAUUUUGUAACUUAGUAACAUACUUGUACAGUGAAUGAAACUUUCAUACAUGGCAGUCUAGACCAAUAUUAUCCAUUAAUUUGCAAAUGAGAUUUACCACCGAUUAGUAUUUUUACAUACAGGUUAUUUUUAAGAUCAGUUGAAACUUUUAACUUUUAUGUGAUAAGUUUUAUAUACAUAUAGACAGUGCAGUAUAAAAUUAAUGUAUUAUAUAUCAUAUAUAUAUAUACAUAUACAUAUAUAUAUAUAUAUAUAUAUAUAUAUAUAUAUAUAUAUAUAUAUAUAUAUAUAUAUAUAUAUAUAUAUAUAUAUAUAUAUAUAUAUAUAUAUAUAUAUAUAUAUAUAUAUAUUAUACAGGCAGUCCCCGGUUUACGAAGGGAGUCCUGUUCCGAUCCUGCGUCAUAAGCUGAAAAUUGUCAUAACCGGAAAAAUCGUUGAAAAUUGUAAGAAAAGCUUACUUUUAAUCUUUGGGUGUCUUGUAAACAAUGCAAACUGCCUUUUUAUUGAAUUUUCAUUAAAAAAUCCUCCAAUUUUUUUACUAUUCUGCCCGUUUAGAUCCUUAUUUCUUCUGUUGGAUGUGUUGCAACCCCAGAAUAUGUAUUGUAACCCAGGAAAUAAUUUUUGACAAAUAUAUUUGAAGAGCGGUUUAAGCUCGGAAUGUCAUAAGCCGAGCCCAUGUUAACCAGGGACUGUGAGUGUAUAUAUAUAU